UCCAACUCGAAAAAAAUGUCGCUCCGCCGNCAAGCGGUCGCCUUUUUCGAGAACCUCCACAAGGAUCUCGGGAUUGAGAAGUCACUUGCAAAUCUUAAGCUUCUGGUGACCGCACUCGCCGACCACAAGUUCGCUGGUCACGCAGAGAGGAUCGUCAAGAAGUGCGCCGACGAGAUCUUCCCCGAUGAGGAGAUCUGUAACGAGCUUAUCAGGGGGUGGUGUAAUGAUCUGAAGCUCGAUGAUGCGAGGAGAUUGGCCGGGGAGAUUGUUAGGGGAGGGUUUGAGCUUGGGACUCCGGCGUACAAUUCGAUCUUGGAUUGUAUAUGUAGACUUUGUAGGAUGAAGGACCCAGUGAGAAUGAAGCAGGAAGCAGAGAAGUUUCUGGCUGAGAUGGAAGAGGACAGCAUUUCGCGAAAUGCAGAGACCUUCAAGGUUUUGAUAUACAACUUGUGCAAGAUUAGGAAGACGGAGGAUGCGUUGAGCUUGUUCAGGAGGAUGGGAGAGUGGAACUGCUCGCCAGAUGCGGAGACUUAUUUGGUUCUGAUUAGGAGCUUGUAUCAGGCUGCUAGGGUCUCAGAGGGGGAUGAGAUGAUUACUUGGAUGAGGUCGGCGGGGUUUGGAAAUGCACUGGAUAGAAAGGCUUAUUAUGGGUUUAUCAAGAUCUUGUGUGGGAUAGAGAGGGUGGAUCACGCGAUGAAGGUGUUUAGGUUGAUGAAGGGGUAUGGGCAUGCACCCGGGAUUAAGACCUAUGACUUGUUGAUUGGGAAGCUGGCGGAGCAUAAUCAGGUGGAUAGGGCCAAUGCCCUGUUUAAGGAGGCCAAAGCGAGGGGAGUGCCUGUGGUGCCAAAGGUUUAUAGGCUGAACCCGAGAGUUGUCAAAAAGAAAGAGAAGAAGGUGAAGAAGAGGGAGACAUUACCGGAAAAGAUGAAGAAGAAGAGGAGAAGGCUGAAGAGGUUGCGACUGAGCUUUGUUAGGAAGCCGAAGUCAAUGAGGAGAUUGAUAUAGGCAUAUGUCGAUGAGCUAAUGGGUCUGUGGACUAGCUGGAGUAUAUAAUUCCCACAGCUGAGCCCCAUUGCAUCCUGUAUCCAUUUGAGACCCAUUACUUCUGUGAUCUUAUGGUAACUUAACUAUGCUUAAGUUGCCUCAAAUUUCUGGAUUCUGUGCGAAAGAAGAACUCAUCGUCUUAAGCGAUACAGAUUGAUUGCCUCAGAAGCUUUUGGUGUUUUCAUGCAAGUUAAUAAGCGAGAGGGCGAUGCUCCAAGUUUUUCAGGACUUCUUAGUGGAGCUUAAUCUGUCAUUGAGCCUUCGGUGAUUUUUGUACGGGAGGAAUUAUUUUUUGGCAUGAAUAGCACGCUCCUUUGAUAUAAAGUAAAGAUGUUUUCAUACAACUUGUUGAUCUAUUUGGUAAAAUAUCGUUGGUGUAUGUUGGCUUA